AUGAAGUCGUUCCUGGCACUCUGUGUGGUGGGAGCCGUUGCCUUGAAGCAGGGCUCGCUGAACCUGCUGAGGCUGCCCAUUAACUCCGACAGCGACAUCGACUUUGAGGACACGCUGGUGACGGCCUUGCGCGCCUCAAAGGGCCGGUCGAGUCCUGAGACCAAGGCCUUGGUGGACAAGAUCCAGCAGCUCUUGAACGAUGCCAAGCCCUCGAUCAAGAAGACUUUGGAGGGCAUGCAGGCCACAUUGACCAACGCGGGCAACGCCAUGUCCGAUUGCGGUGGCCAGGAGAUGCAAAAGAGCUCCGCGGCCUUCGAGCAGAACUUCACGACCAAGAGUGCAGCCCACAAGACAUGUCGACAGACUCAGAAGCAAAACCUCGACGCGCAGAACACCUGCCAGACGGAGCUGAAGACUGUGACAAGCACCGCCAAGACGACGUGCGCGGCGCUCGAAGCACUGGAGAAGACCAUGUACAGCGCCAAGGACUCUUGUGAAGUGAAGACCGGUGAGGCCUUCGAGGCUUACCACACACGGCUGAUCGAGGCUUCGCAGAAGACUCUGGAAGAGUACAAGAAGCUCAAGGAGGGGUGCGCCAAGGCCAAGAAGGAGUUGGAAGAGAAGGGACCCGAAUGCACCGUCGCGUUGAAGACCUAUGAAAGCCAGAAGGAAAAUUGCGACAGCGUGCAGGACGCCAUGGACAGCCUUUCUUGCUCCCACUACGAGGCGGCGACCAGCAAGUGUGAGGCUUCUGGAACGUGCUACGACAAGGCUGUCGCGAAUUACGAAUCUGUCCAGACGUCGUCCAUGACCCAGCUGGACAGCUUGAAGAAGGAGUGGCGUGCCAUCUUGCGAAUGGAGUGCAUCAUUCAGGUCUUCAAUCUCGAGGAGUCCAAGAGGGCCAGCGCCAUUGACAGCUGCCAGGCGAAGGACAUGAGCGCACAGGCCGACAGCGACCUCCCGCUGCAGCUCUCCACUAUCCCCAACAAGCCCACCUGCCACGUCCCCGCGAACAAGGCCGGCAGUGCAGGGUACGUGCAGGCCAACUUCGACGGCCUGCCAGCGGACAGUCCCGCCAAAGCAUGUGUUGCUUCCUGCUGCCAGCAGCAAUCUCGCGGCACGUCCGGCUUGGACUUCUCCGGACUCGGCACCACGCCUUCUGGCGACUGGCACCUCGCCCUCAACAUCGAUACGAACGACGGCAACGUGGUGUCCUACAUUAACACGGACUUCUGGGAGUCCGCUACGGGCCUUGGCGGGGCCAGCGACAAGGUGGAAGAACGCUUCAGUCGGGACUACAAGGACUUGGAGGUCUUCAACAAGGUACAGGCCAAGCAGCUGCUGAUCGUUUGCCACAAUGAGGGCAAGGCGCUUGGAUGGCGCUCGUGGAAGCUGGUCGACACGAAGACGCUGCAGGGCUGGUUCACGAUCGGCAACACUUGCUCCUCAGGGCUUGCGGAGAAGAAGUUCCAGAUGGCUGUGGAAACCACUGGUGGUGACGUGGGGACCCUUGUCAAAAACGAGCCCCUGAUCAAGAACACGAUCGACGGCACCGAUAAGCUCUAUGUGAACUCAAACCAUCAGAACGGGGACUUCGACUUCAAUCGGCUCUCCGUGAACGUCGACGUCAAUUGGUCCGGAAACUUUGGGGCCGGCCUUGGCACCCAGUACGACACGCAGAUGAUCGAUGGGGGUAACACCUGUGGCAACACGGCGCGGCCGCAGGCAGAUGCAGAAAUGCGAACGGAGCAGCACCACUGGGGCAGCAGUGGUGGUAUGGGUGGUCUCAUUGGUUCAGACCACCUUUGCCACGAGAAUUGCCCAUGGACGAUUAGCUCGGGCUACGACUACGACUACGCCAUCUUUGUUCUGCAUCGUGUCAGGAACCCGUCGACUGUUUCUAUCUACCGCAUGCGCAACCAAACAACCAAGCCGCGGACACCAGGUAAUUUUGGUAUCCUGGACCAACAGCUGGCCCUGCAGUGGGUGCAACGCAACAUCGAGGCCUUCGGCGGCGACCCAUCACGAGUGGGUCUGGUGGGUUGGUCUGCAGGCUCAGCAUCCGUCAGUGUUCACCUGGCCAUGCCAAGCAGCCAAGGACUCUUUGGCCGCGGCAUCAUGUUAAGUGGAGGCUUUGCAGAUUGGGGCUCCCAAACUGCCAGUGCUUGUGAGAGGAGCUACGAGACCUUCCUCAACACCACCAAAUGCGCCAAUGAAGCUGAAUGCUGGGAGGACGGUGUGCCAUGCAGUUGUUUGAUGCAGAUGGACAUGGCAGAGCUGCUGGCCGCGCAGAGCGCCAGCCAAUUCUUCGCAGCGCCAACCGUAGAUGGCGUGACCCUGCCCUACUCGCCCAUGGAUGCGCUGAAGCAACAGAAGGUGCACAAGGAUGUGCCAAUCAUCAUAGGCACUGCCAUCGAGGAUUCCUUUGUUGACAUCGGGGCCGAUGCCAAGAUGGAGGACUUCGAGAUCUGGUUGGAGUCUGUUCUUCCUAAGUGGCAGGUUCCCAGCGUUGUCAAGAUCUACAAGGAGAGUCUGUCCGAGCAGAACCUCUACGACAAGGCCAACAAGUUCUCGCACGAAGGAUGGUCUCCGGCCUACUGGGCAGCACGACGCGUCCGUGCCGACAGAGCCAUGACUUGCGUGGCGCGCCGGUCGGCGCGUGCCUGGUACGAAGCCACUGGUGCAAAGGCCUACUGGUAUUUAUGGGGCGUUGGAUCUGCGAACAACCCCCGAGCAGGCAUCCCAGCCAUGGAGACUCGGCAUAACCAGCCAACUUCACACCCGCAGAGGGUCGAGGCAAAGAGCUGCUGGCCGUGCCCGGGAGCUGCCCAUGGGACAGAUCUGGACUACUUCUUCCCCAACCGGAGCCGUGUUUCCAGCAGCGCUGAGGAUCUGGUGAACGUGUAUCCGACCUUCAUGGCCGACUUCCUUCGCUCCGGAGAUCCGAACCGCUGGAACCACUUCGUCGUUAGCCAGGCCAACCAGAAGCCUGCAUGGCCCGAGGUCAAGGAGGGAGGUAUGUGGUUCCAGGCUGGCGCCUCACGCGUGACACUUUGCUGCAAGGUGGAGUGUCAGAGUCAGAGACUUCGCUGCGAAACUCAUUGGUAUCGGGCAAUGUGCGCCGUUUCGGAGAUUCGUCUAAUUCAAAUCCGUGGUGAUCUCCUUCUUGACCUAGACCUAGUCUGGUGCUCAGCCGUGACGAGGCUCGACAUGUCGAAACCGUUUACAUGA